AUGGAGGAGCCUCUGCUAUCAGAUAAUAGAAGUGGAUCGGUUGAGAAGGAUAGUGGAAAAUGGAGCUCGUAUCAGUAUGUGGGUCGAACCGGUUCUACGAGACCAACUGCUUCAUUGGCUGGAACCGAGGUGAGUGUGGAUGAAAUACGAUCUGCUGCUGCUGCUUCUUCUGGUCACUACCCCCCUUCUCUUCAUGGGGCUUUGGUCGGUUCACCUGAGCCUGAUCCUACAGUGCAAGCUCUUGUUUAUCAGGGUGGAUAUGGAGGAGAUUAUACUGGACCAAGACCCCAGUUUCAGAGGAAAGUCCUGGAUGAAGUGGAGAUACGAGAGUUACUCAUUGAUCAUGUUGGUCAUCGUUGCUGUUGGGGUAGCCGUCCUGCUAGAACAUGGAGGAUUCAUGCUGUGGAAGACUGUAAUGUUCAUGUAGGAACACUGGAUACAUUUAUAGAGGAAAGAGAAAUCAUAAGAGAGACUGAACCAUACCUUGGUGGCAGUAUUGAUGGAAAGGAUAAUGGGCCUGAACUUGGUAUUUGGGAAUUGGAUCUAAGAUCUCAGUUCCCUAUUCUAUUUGUACCCUACAAUGAAGUGCGGCAAAAGAUUCCUCAUUCUGAAGUUAUUGAGAAAUGCUCGGUUUGUGCUGGAAGAGGAAGUACAGUCUGUGCCACAUGCAAUGCAGACCAAGAACCUGGAUUUUAUAAGGAAAAUCAGAUGACUCAGUGUGCAACUUGUUAUGGAAGGGGUUUAAUCGCUCAUAAAGAUGGUUCUGACUCAAUAUGUGUGAAAUGUAAAGGCGAGGGAAAAAUUCCUUGUGUGACUUGUGGAUCACGUGGACUAAUUAAGUGUGCAACAUGUAAUGGAAUUGGUUCUCUUCUAGCACGAAAUAUAGCCAUUAUUAGAUGGAGGACUCUUUCAACUCGAAAAGUAAAUGCAACUAGUGGAGCUGCAUCAGUACCAGAUGAGGUUUUCCAUCGAUCCAAAGGGGUUGAAUUGUGCAACACUCAGGCGCACCAAUGCACUCCAGCCUUUUUUGCUGAUUCUUAUUUUCUCAACAAGUUCUCUUCUGAUGUCAUUGCUGAAAGAGCGCAAGUACCUGCCACUGCAAGGGUCAUAUGUGAGAGGCACACAAUCUCAGUUGUGCCAGUAACUCGUGUAACCAUGUCUCAUCGUCGGCAAUCCUUCAGUUUCUAUAUCAUAGAAUAUGGCAGGGAGGUGUAUCUUAAGGAUUAUUACCCUGCUAGGUACUGUUGGGGCUUGUGUCCUUGUUUGGAGUGGUUGAAGUUCUAA